AUGGAAGAAAUAGCAAAUAUGCUUAAGAAAAUGCAGGAUGACAUAACGAAACAAAGAAAAGAAUUAAAAAGUUUACAAGAAAAUAUUUCAAAGCCUAUCAUUGAAAAUAUGAACUUAAAAUUUAAGGAAAUUAUGACAAAAAAUGAAGAGCUUGAGGAAAUUAUUAAUAACCAACAAAAUGCAUUAGAAAGGAUAGAAAGACAAAUACGGAUGAAAAACAUAGUUUUAUUUGGGCUAGAGGAAAACGAAAAAAGCUAUGAAGAUUUAGAAAAUAAUAUUAUUAAACUUUUAAAUGAACACUUGAACGCAAAUUGUACCUUACAAGAUAUAGAAUCAGCUUUAAGACUAGGUAGGAAGAGAGAAAAACCUAGACCAAUUAAGAUUACGUUUUGUAAAUUAAACCUUAAAAUAAAAAUUUUAAAAACAAAAAAGCGAUUAGACUGUACUAACUAUUAUAUUAAAGAAGAUUUUACACCACAUGUACUGAAAAUACGAAAAGAACUCCAGAAAGAGGUUGACACGGCUAGAAAUCAGGGUAAAAAUGCUGUGCUAAGACGUGACAAAAUCGUCUACUUAGGUACAAAUAAAGAGAAUAUAAUGUAUCAGGAUUAA